CGGGAGACGCGGCGGAGGGCAGAGUCACGUUUCGGAGAGGGAAGUGAAAUAAAGAGGGCGGCACCCGGGGGGACCUGUGCGUCAUUGAGGGACUGAGGAGAGGCCAGUGCGGAGGACUGGGGGCGAGAGCCGGAGGGGCCGCCGAGCCGUAGCCCGCAGCCUGGUGCGACGCGCACGAUGUGGCAGGCGACCCGGCCAGGACCCCGCGCGCCCCGGCGCUGGGCGCUGGUCCUGCUGGCCCUGGGGACCCUGGGCGGCGCGGGGCUGUGCCACGCGGGCUCGCAGCCUGGGUACCCCGCGCGGCCCAGCGCCAGGAACAAGAACUGGUGCGCCUACAUCGUGAACAAGAACGUGAGCUGCACGGUUCAGGAAGGAAGCGAGAGUUUUAUUCAGGCUCAGUACAACUGUCCCUGGAGCCAGAUGCCCUGUCCGUCUGCGUUGGUGUAUCGGGUAAACUUCAGACCCAGGUAUGUCACUAGGUACAAGAUAGUGACACAGUUAGAAUGGAGGUGCUGCCCUGGCUUUAGAGGAGCAGACUGCCAAGAAGGUCCCAAAGAUCCCAUGAAGACACCCCGCCCUCCACCUGCUCGACCUCGAAACAGCCUGAAGAAAGCCACAGAUGCUGAUCCAAGCCCAGUCUCAAAGCCCAGGGAAACUUCAUCACCAACUGACGCAGCAAAACCAGGUCAGGCAGUGGAUUCAAAGCAGGGUGCUCAGGAACUCCAGGAAAUGAAAGUCCAGGUGCUGGAGGAGAAGGUUGUCCGACUCACUAGAAUGGUGCUGGACCUCCAGUCCUCCAUAGCAGGAGUGAAGGAGAACCUCAAACACACCAUUCAGGAGGAUGGAAACAAAGGGCCAGCCUCAUGGCUCAGCCCCCUGCAUCCCCAGCCAGCUCCUGAGAGCACUGUAGCUGGAGACACAGAGCCAGGUCAGCUUCCAGGCAUCCUCAACAGCAAGGAAUCUGGCAUGAAGGACAUCAAGUCUGAACUGGCUGAAGUCAAAGACACAUUGAAGACCAAGAGUGACAAGCUGGAAGAGCUGGAUGGGAAGGUCAAGGGCUAUGAAGGGCAGCUCAAGCAGCUCCAGGAGGCUGCCCAGGGUCCCACGGUCACCAUGACCACCAACGAGCUAUACCAAGCCUAUGUGGAUAGCAAGAUAGACGCUCUGAGAGAGGACCUCAUGGAAGGCAUGGACCGGAAGCUGGCCGACCUGAAGAACAUGUGUGAGUACAAGCUGGUGGGCCUCCAGCAGCAGUGUGAUGACUAUGGGAGCAGCUACCUGGGGGUGAUAGAGCUGAUCGGAGAGAAGGAGACGAGCCUGAGAAAAGACAUCGAUGACCUUCGGGCCAGGCUGCAGGAACCCUCUGACCAGUCAAGAUGCUGUAAUAGUCAAAAGAAUGGCAACUUUGACCAACAGAUCAAGACAUUGGACCAGAAGAUUGAGAGGAUUGCUGAGGCCACCAGGAUGCUGAAUGGACGACUGGACAAUGAGUUUGACCGUCUCACAGUUCCAGAACCAGAUGUGGACUUUGAUGCAAGAUGGAAUGAGCUAGACGCGAGGAUCAAUGUGACAGAGAAGAAUGCAGAAGAGCAUUGCUUUUACAUAGAGGAGACCCUUCGGGGGACCAUCAGGGGAGAGGUGCAUGACUUGAGGCAGCUUCUAGAUCAGAAACUUCACUCCCUGGAAGACCGUCUGGGGAGCAUACUCCUGCAAGCGACCAACAGCUCUGAUGCAGAGCUGGUACCUCCAGGCCCAGCCCUACCAGGACAGCCAGUGUCAGGGAAUGAGCAGGUGUUGAUGGAGUUGAGCCGCCUGAAGGACAAAGUUCAAGUGGUUGAGGACAUCUGCCGGCAGAACUUGCCUCAUGGGAUAGAUGGUGCUUUGCCAAGUGGAGAGGACCUCACACACAUCAGCCUGAGCCUUUUGGAAUCUCUCAAUGAUACAAUGCACAGGAAGUUCCAAGAAACUGGACUUAGCAUCCAGAAACUUCAGGAGGACUUCAGCUUCAUUUAUUCCCUAUUAAAUCACACAGAAAAGGAGGCAACUCAUCUGCAUAACAGACUGAGCAAUGACAGAGCAGGUGACGAUGCUGAAGUGGGUGGGUUUACUAAGACAGGGGGCCCAGAGAGGACGGGAGGGACUAGCCCAUCUCCAGAGAGUCGGGUGGCUCCAUGCUGUGCCCUGCUGGAGAAGCGCUGGCAGAUGCUGCAGAACCAGGUACUGGCCGAGCUGGACAUGUGUAAGGAGAGCACACACGGGUUGCAGAACGGGGUGUCCACGGUUGAGGGCAGGGUGUCGCAGUUGGAGCAAACAUGCAGUAAGCUGGAUGCCAUCUCGGGAGGCCUCCAGAGGAUCAAGGAGGGGCUCAGUAAGCAUGUGGGAAGCCUGUGGAGCUGUGUCCGGCAGAUGAAUGGGACGCUCAGGUCGCACUCCAGAGACAUCUCCGGCCUGAAGAACUCUGUGCAGCAGUUUUACAGCCAUGUUUUCCAGAUUUCUACUGACUUGCAAGAUCUGGUCAAGUUUCAGCCAUCAGCAACAGAAGAGCCUUCUGAAGCACCUCAGUCCCCAGCUGGGAAGACCCCACUGGAGCCCACCAGGCACUCAGGGGAGGCCCCCUCAGAGCUACCCCAGCUGACCCCGCCACUGGAGGACACUGCCAGACCACCACAGACAGGCCAGCGACCCAUACUGCCUCAGAGACCCCUGCAGCCACCACCUCUGCCUGCCUGGCCUGGUCGGCCAGGGCUGUCCUUCCUGCCAGGCUCCACUGGGGUCAUCAUGGAGACUGGAGAGGCAGGGCCUCCAGGGAGGAUGGGUGUAUCUGGGCGGGGCCUUCCCCAGGGAGUGGAUGGCCAGAUGGGGCAGGGGCCCAUCCCCAGCGCAGAAGGCUAUGCUGGCGCACCAGGUUACCCCAAGUCACCUCCUGUAGCCUCCCCAGGUGUGUCGCUGCCUGCCCUGGUGUCCUUUUCAGCUGGGCUUACCCAGAAACCUUUCCCCAGUGACAGAGGUAUUGUCCUCUUUAACAAGGUGCUGGUAAACGAUGGGGACGUUUACAACCCUAACACCGGAAUCUUCACUGCUCCAUAUGAUGGGCGCUACUUGAUCACAGCCACCCUGACCCCCGAGAGAGAUGCCUAUGUGGAAGCAGUCCUGUCCGUCUCCAACGCCAGCAUCGCUCAGCUGCACACGGCUGGGUACAGGCGAGAGUUCCUGGAGUAUCACCGCCCCCCUGGGGCUGUGCACACCUGUGGGGGCCCGGGUGCCUUCCAACUCAUUGUGCACUUGAAGGCAGGAGAUGGAGUCAGUGUUGUGGUAACUGGGGGCAGGUUGGCUCACACAGACUUUGAUGAAAUGUACUCCACUUUUAGUGGUGUUUUCCUGUAUCCUUUCCUUUCCCACCUCUAGGGUAGCCAGGAAGGGGGAGGGAAGGUUGUAAAAAAUCCAAAGCUUUAAUAUAUUGUUUAUGUAACUGGAGCACUGGUCUAGUUUUCUGCAUACAUCCCUUCACCUGCCCCCAAGAUAAAGGCCUUACCUCACAGUAGAGACCAGCACCUUUAAGUUUCCAAGAAGCAGCAGAGGUGACACAUGGUUAGUGUGGUCCCUCAUUUUCCUGUCACUCUAUCUGGACAACUGGGAAGACUUGGCAAGGCCCCUUGCCUGGAAGCUGGCUCCUCCUCUUCUUCCUAGCCUCCAGCUCUACUCCAGGUUCCUAGGCUGGGCCUAUGCGGUGCUACCUGUGGAGGCUCACGUGGCUUCCCCACUGGGCUGAGCCUUGGGACCUUGCCUCCUACAGCUGCUGGAGAGGAGGGUCUGUGAGGAGCAAGUGCAGAUGUUGGUCAUCUGUAGCUGCUCUUCACGGGAGAGCAACACUGUAGCUGAUGCCUCUCUUUUUAUGCUGUGCAUAGAAGAAAAGUUUAAACACUGAAGUACUGAUGUGGCCUGUGCCACCACAUAGGGGCCCAGAGCUUAGUUUGGGCUGUUCCACAUUUGGCUUGCUGUUGCCAGCAGGGACUCAACCCUGCUCACCUGGGCCUGGGCCCUGCUACAAAGGGGAAUGUACCACACACUAUUUAUGAAGCUUGUUGGGCUCCUUAAAUGAUAUGUACAAGUCAAGUGCAAAGACAGGGAGUGUCAAUAAAGAUGUCAAAAUUGUUUCACGUUA